GAACGUGACCUCGCACAAGAUUUUUCUGGGCAAUCCAAUCGAUUUGCCCAAGCUCAAUGCGACCAAGAAAAUCCGACGACUUUUCAACGUCAUGCCCGGCGGCAAGCUGGAGCUCCGAAGCGUGUGUUUGUACAAAGGCUCGGGCGAAUCUCUGGGAGCUUUGGGUGGAGGACGAAAGCUGCAAAGUGGAUUAGGAAUUGGCAAAACAAAAUUGACAAUGGGACCAGCCGUGUAUGUGCAUUUGGGCGGGGUUUUCCGAGGAUCAGGUGUGGUUUUCCGCUCAAUGCGCGGCACGCUAGAGGGCUUCUUGAAGACAUUGCAAGAACCUUUGGAGGCACGUCGCACGUUCGGAGGCCACGUCUUUGUGGCAGGAGGGCAAUUUUUGUGCUACGGGUGUUUCUUUAUCGGUGUCAGUCCCUACGGCAAUCCUGAUGAGAACCAGAUCACUGUCGGUGGCAAUGUCCUUGUCGUCACCGGUGCCAUGAGAUGCAUCGGAUGUUAUAACAUUGGUUUCAAUUUAUUUACAUCCGGGAUCAACGCCGGCGGUAACACUGCCUGUCUCGGAGGAGCUUCUACUUGGAUCGGAGGCGGAAAUAGCGGUGCCACGCUCGCUCAGGGACAGUUCGGUAUCGGACAAAACAAUUUCGUUGGGGGGGGCGUGCUGGUGCUGGUCGGCUACCAAGAUAUUAGCGUCCUUCUGGCAAUCGUUCGCGCAGGCAUGGGCCAGCAAACGUGUGGAGGAGGUGUUCUGAUUUUGAUUGGACAUUGUGAGGACCGUGCUUGGGCUACUGGCAUUGUUUUCAACGCAGGACAGACCUACAGUGUUGGAGGUGGCGUGCUUCAACUCAAUGGGGGUGAAAUUAUGAACUUUCAGACCAGCGCGGGACAAAUCGUCUCUGGCGGCAGCUGUUUCAAUGGUGGCGGGGACGUUGGGUACAUCGGCAUGGCCUACGGGACCUUCGGAAACACGUUCAACCAACAUGGACUCGGCAUGCGAUGGUGCCAAAAUGCAGGAACGCUUGAGAAUAUCCUGAUCAAUGGCUGGUCGACGGCCAUUGCUCGAGCUCAAUUUAUUCUGGGAAGCGAAUCCUACUUAGGAACUGGAUUCUUCUCGUCGAUUAAUCAGACUCGGCAUUCCUAUCAAGUCGUCAACGGUGCCUGGGGAGGCCACGAGUACUGGGUGGGACCAGGUGCUGCGGCUUUCAUCAAGACAUAUUCAUUCGGUAAGCGCGUCAUCAACUACCGUACCAACCCCUACGCUUGGGUUGUGGCAGGCACAAUGAUUGCUGGAUCAUAUAAGCCGACAAACACUACGCCCAAGGUUGUGACAAAUCGCGGCGACAACAUCUUCGUCAAUAAAACCGGCGUGUUCUUUGUCUCCAAAGAUGGGCUUGUACUUCUUCCCCCCGUCAAACCCCCCACAAAGCAAGCCGAGAAGGAUCUCCGAAAGUUCAACAUUACGCCUCCGCACCAAGGCGUUGCCCGGGAUGAUUUGCCGCACGGUAUUUUUGGACCUAUUGGACCUGGCAACUCGGGUGGGACCGGCGACUUAUACAAGGCAGCCAGCGUAGGGGAUGUCAGUCCCUCGCCGUCACCUGUGAUGGUUCGGCGGCUAGAGGAAGGAGGGGAGAAGCGAUCUCUAAACCAGAUGCUGGUGGUGGACAGUCAUAUCGAGACACAGAAAGUGAAGCCGCUUGACUCUAAAUUGUUCCACCGGCACCUGACACACCAAGUGCAGAAAAAGAAAAGCCGGCGUCUGGGCGCCUUCUCCCGCACAUCGGGUAUGAAGCCCCUGCUUGCGGCUUUCGCUUCCCCGCAGGACCUCAUGAAUGCCUACCAGGGUGCGACCGAGGAACAAGAACAAAAAGAGAAAGAGUACUGGCCCGAGUACAUCUAUGCCAAGAAGCGUGACACAAAGUGCUUUCUUUGUGGCGUCUCGCCCCUGCCCACUUCGCAGCAUAUCAAUCCGAACGAUGACCCAAUCGAUGCGCAGUGGUGGCUCAACGCCAACGAGACCCAGGUCGUUGACAGGCGCGCCUUGAUGGCCACCUCCACUGACCCCGCUGGAGCAGUGAGGCAGACGGCCCUCUCCUCCGCUGGUCAGACUAAUGCAUGCUUGGCAUCUGAUGAGUGUGUCAACGCCGAUACACCCUUUAAUGCACUUGCCAAGGCUGAAAAGGUUGCUCCUGAGGAUGGUCUUCCGAGCCUCCCACCGGCAGUCAAGACCAUGCGGAUCAUGGAACGACGGGGCCGCCGCUUGUGGGCCGAGCGCCGUCGUCUACACGGAGAGGAGAAUACGGAACUGAUAGAGGAUGACUGGCUGGGGGGAAGUACGAACCCGGUGAAAUUGCCCGACAAUCAGUUGUUCUGGAAGAAAGUGACCGUGCACUGUCCACCCCGGGACGGAGACUCCGAGCCCCCCAAGAGGUGUGGCCUGAAGGAUAAGGACAUUAAAAGGGCCUUGAAGGAGUACAUUGACACCGUAGCCGGCGUUGUGCUCGGCGAGGACCCGGACUAUAAGCUCUCGGCUGCCUAUGGAGAGACUCCGGAGGCGGUGCAUGAGGCUGUCGAUGUGGACUACUUGGCCUCCAUGGUCCCUCGAAAAUUGUCGGACGCUUGUCCUUACGCGGCAACAAUUAAGCUGUUCGUUUUGACCCGGGACGACGACACGUAUGCGGCGCUCUUCAAGCUAUUCGAGGACCUGGCCAAUGACCCUAAGACUCUCACGGAAAUCCUGACGACAGAGGACGCACGUCUGUGCCCUGCGUCGGCUACGAUGGAAGGGGAGGGCGUUGUGACGUUGCCAAGCGUGGAUACUACUUCAGGGAUCAAAUUUUAUCAGGACUGGCAUUUCAUGGGCGGUAAGGACAAAGAAGAAGAGGCAGAGCGUCGGCAGCUCCUCGCGCAGUUGGGUAUGGGCGAUCUAGAGAAGGAGAAGCAAUGGGCGAGCGUGUCAUUGUUUUCUCCUUAUGAUCUAGCCCCAGUCAUCUUGGUGGAGGAAGGGGAGACGUACUCUAUAGUUCUUCAAGGUCUAGACAGGAGCGUAGAUGACGUGGUCGUUGAGCUUGUACAGGGUUUGGCUAGGGGUGGUGAGGUAAUCGCAACGGCCAAGAAGUCUCCGGGUGGUGGAGAGAAGGAGGACGCGCCGUGGACUUUGGAUUGGACCGCAGCGGGCUUAGCAGCGAUGGAAGAAGAUCGACGAUUUGGAUCCUCAUAUUUCUUGUACGCCCACUACAAGACUUAUCCAGGCUUUUUCGCAUUCUCAACGCCUUUCCGGGUCCUCAUUUAGGUCUUGAUCAAGUAUGUAUGAGAAAUAAAUUAUAAUCGAUCAAGCGCACAUUAGAAACUAAAAAGAAUGCGAAGUGGUCGAGCUGGCUAGAUUCAUCUUAU